AUGCAGUCCUUCGCCAGAGCCACUCGCGCCUCGGCGCUGCAAAACGUUGGCCGCCGAGCCUAUUCUUCGUCGCAGUAUGCCCAGACCAUCAACAACCUGCGCAUCAACGCCGACACCAAGGUCAUCUACCAGGGCUUCACCGGAAAGCAGGGAACUUUCCACGCUCAACAAGCUAUCGAAUACGGCACAAAGGUCGUCGGUGGAACAAACCCCAAGAAGGCUGGCCAGACUCACCUCGGCCUCCCUGUCUUCAAGAACGUUGGUGAAGCCGUCAAGGAGACUGGUGCCACUGCUACUGGUCUCUUCGUCCCUCCUCCUCUGGCCGCCGCCGGUAUCGAGGAGGCCCUCGAGGCCGAGAUCCCCCUCGUUGUCUGCAUCACUGAGGGUAUCCCCCAGCACGACAUGGUUCGCAUCACCGACAUGCUCAAGACCCAAAGCAAGACUCGUCUCGUCGGACCCAACUGCCCCGGUAUCAUUGCUCCCGAACAGUGCAAGAUCGGUAUCAUGCCUGGCUUCAUCCACAAGCGCGGCCGCAUCGGUAUCGUCUCUCGUUCAGGUACUCUCACCUACGAGGCCGUCAACCAGACCACCCAGGCCGGUCUUGGUCAGUCUCUCGUUGUCGGGAUCGGCGGUGACCCCUUCUCCGGUACCAACUUCAUCGACUGCCUCAAGGUCUUCACUGAGGACCCCGACACCGACGGUAUCAUCAUGAUUGGUGAGAUUGGUGGUUCUGCUGAGGAGGACGCUGCCGAGUUCCUCAAGCAGGCCAACACUGUCAACGGUGGUAAGCCCGUUGUCAGCUUCAUCGCUGGUAUCUCUGCUCCUCCCGGCCGACGAAUGGGUCACGCCGGUGCCAUCGUUUCCGGUGGUAAGGGUGGUGCCGACACCAAGAUCAAGGCUCUUGAGGACGCUGGUGUCAUUGUCGAGCGCUCUCCCGCUGGUCUGGGCAAGGCUCUCUACAACGAGUUCGUCCGCCGCGAUCUGCUAUAA